AUGCGUUUCGAUGCCGCAUUCACGGCUCUAGUCUCCUCGGCUUACUUUAUGGGCUACGCCCAUGCCGAGGAGGUUGAAGCUGCCGCCGAUCGAACUGCUGCCAUUGAGAAGCCCACUUUCACUCCCACCGCUCUCAAGGCUCCCUUCUUGGAACAGUUCACUGAGGACUGGGAGUCCCGGUGGCAGCGAUCGCAUGCCAAGAAGGACGACCCCAAGUCUGAGGAGGACUGGGCCUACGUGGGCGAAUGGUCCGUGGAGGAACCCACUGUCUUCCCGGGAAUCGACGGUGACAAGGGCUUGGUCGUCAAGAACGCUGCUGCCCACCACGCUAUCUCCGCCAAGUUCCCCAAGAAGAUUGAUAACAAGGGCAAAACCCUGGUGGUUCAGUAUGAGGUUAAGCCCCAGAACUCCCUCGUCUGUGGUGGUGCCUACCUGAAGCUCCUCCAGGAGAACAAGAAGCUGCACCAAGAUGAGUUCUCCAACGCCACUCCUUACGUGGUCAUGUUCGGUCCCGACAAGUGCGGUGCUACCAACAAGGUCCACUUUAUCUUCCGCCACAAGAACCCCAAGACCGGGGAGUACGAGGAGAAGCACCUCAAGACUCCUCCUGUCGCGCGUACCUCCAAGGUCACCUCCCUCUACACUCUCAUCGUCAAGCCUGACCAGACCUUCGAGAUCCUCGUCAACGGCGAGUCUGUCAAGGAGGGCAGCCUCCUGGAGGACUUCAACCCUCCCGUCAACCCCGAAAAGGAGAUUGAUGACCCCAAGGACAAGAAGCCCGCUGACUGGGUUGACGAGCCCAAGAUCCCUGACCCCGAGGCCACCAAGCCCGAGGACUGGGAUGAGGAAGCUCCCUUCGAAAUUGAGGACGAGGAGGCUGAGCAGCCCGAUGACUGGCUGGUUGAUGAGCCCACCAGCAUCCCUGACCCCGAGGCUGAGAAGCCCGAGGACUGGGAUGAUGAGGAGGAUGGCGACUGGAUCGCCCCUACUGUCCCUAACCCCAAGUGCGCUGAAGUCUCUGGAUGUGGCAAGUGGACUCGUCCCAUGAAGAAGAACCCCGAGUACAAGGGCAAGUGGUCUGCUCCUCUGAUCGACAACCCUGCCUACAAGGGCGUUUGGGCUCCUCGCAAGAUUCCCAACCCCCAGUAUUUCGAGGACAAGACUCCCUCUAACCUCGAGCCUAUGGGUGCUGUAAGUUUGGACCAAGCUCAAGCCCCGACCGCAAUCAAGCAUGCUAACAUCCCCUCGCAGAUUGGUUUCGAAAUCUGGACUAUGCAGAACGAUAUCCUGUUCGACAACAUCUACAUCGGCCACUCCGUCGAGGACGCUGAGAAGCUCCGCAAGGAGACCUUUGAUGUUAAGUACCCAAUUGAGCAGGCUCAGGAGGAGGCAGCUAAACCUGCUCCUAAGACUCCUGACGCUGGCACCACUGUCACCUUCCAGGAGGACCCCGUGACUUUCGUCCGCCAGAAGGUUGACUACUUCAUCAACCUCGCCAAGGAGGACCCCGUUCACGCUGUCAAGACUGUGCCCGAGGUUGCUGGUGGCCUGGUCGCCAUUCUUCUCACCUCCAUCCUGGUCAUUGUCGGUGCCAUUGGUGCCAGCAGCCCUGCUCCUGCUCCUAAGGGCAAGCAGCCUGCCAGCGGUGGCAAGGAGAAGGAUAGCGCAGCAAGCAGCUCCUCCGCCGACACCGGCAAGGGCGGCGCUACCAAGCGCAACACUCGUUCCUCGGCCGAGUAA